AUGGCCUCGAAUGAUGAAGAUGCGCAGGGGACGAGAAAGCAACUGAAGGCGAUGCUCUGGUAUACACUGGGCAACCUCACUCGCGAACAUGCGGACCUUUUCGACACGGAGGUCACUCCCCAGUUCAUCGCGGGGCUGGUAGAAAUUACCUGGGCGCAGCUGGAGACCGUGGGCCAAGAUCUAGAGAUGUUUGCAAACCACGCCGGCCGUUCAACGAUCAACGCGUCAGAUGUGCUGCUUUUGGCACGGCGCAACGAAGGCCUCGAGUCAAUCUUACGCGAGUAUAAUGACAGCCUAGAAGCCGAAAGGGAGAAGCGAGCCUCCUCUAAAAACAAGCAGUAG